GGCCCCCUCAGUCUCAGAGCGACUCGGAGCCGAAGAGCGUCACAUGCCACAAUGAGUGCCCUGCCAUGUUGUGUCCUCGUCCUCCUCCUAUUCGUCCCCAUCCUCACUGAAGCCAAACGCCAACCAGGGCAGGAGAAGCCUGACAAACCCCGUCAGCCUCCUCCAUCACCUCAACCGGCCAAGAGACCCAGAAAUCGCUCCGUGCCAGGCUCCGGAGAGCUGACCACCAAGGAGGGGCAUCGCUGUGUUUGGCAGACAUCGGGUGAAGGUCUGGUGAGCCUGCUGGUGAACUGCAGCAUUGAAGCACAAGGAGACCUGCAAAGGUAUUGGUGUCGUUACGCUGGUAAACCAGACCUCUGCCAGGCCUAUGGGGUGAAGUCCAGCCAGUACUGGAAGCAGCUGGUGGGAAAGCUGAAGAAAAGGCAGAAUGCCUGCGAAGGGGAAAAAGUCCUGAAGGCCAAAACCUGCAAGAAGGCGCCCGGAGAGGCCCACAUGAAGCUCGCUCAGCGCAACGGGGAAGACGACAAGAAGGGAGGGAAGGAAGGAGGGAAGAAGAAACCAGCUGGUAAGAGUGUAGGAGGAGGAAGGAUGGACAAAAGGAAGAAGAAGGAAGAGGAGGCAGAGGAGAAGAAGAAGAGGAGGGAGGAAAGGACUGAGGCCGAGGAUGAGGAGGGAAUGCAGAGUGACAUGGAGCCGGUGCAGGCUUACUGCAGCGAGGGCUGGCAAUCGGUCUGCUCCUUCUUUGUCAAGUUCUUUGAAGGCUGAUGAGAAAUUAUUUUGGAUUUAUGAUGGUGCGAAUUCACAAUCUGAAAACACUGGAAAUCAUGUUCUUAGUCUCAUGGGAAGAAUCAGGCAGCUCGUUUAUAACAAUAUAUAUAUUCUUUAAUUUCAUUUUCAACAUGGAGCUGCUUUAAUAAAGAAAAAAACAACUGGUGUUACAUUUGGACAUAAAAACUUUUAUAACAUCAGCUUUUUAUAGAGUCUGACUUUUUUCCUCUAACCAAUUAGCCCCAUGGCAUCUCCUUAGCUAUGCUACAUUGGAGAAAUAAUUACUACCAGGUAAUAUAAAUUAUGCAAAACCAUUAAAAUUAAAGGUGUUAAUGUUCAUUGAACAUGAUUAAUUUAUUAGAAAAUCAUUAGACUGUUAAUUUAAUCUGAAAUGGGAAAGAGUCGACCUGUAAAGGUACUUUUUGUAAUAACCUUCAGUGGGUGUGUCAGGCUUUCCAGGUGUUUUAAUAUUUGUUUUCAGUUCAGCUCACGUUUCGUUAAUGCAGGACUCACUGCUACAGUUGGCUUUACACAAAACUUCUCAUCAGCAUGAGGCUAACAGUAUAAACCCCAUAAUUCGCAUCAAGUUUCUUUAUUUGGAAAAAAUAAACCAAUUAGUUUGUAUUAGAUUUCACUUUUUGAGUACGUUUAGAUUUUGGACGUGUGUCUUGCCAUCAUAGACGUGUUUUCUAGAACUCAGAAACUGAAAAGUUAUUUUAUGUCCAAAUUUUCUGAUAAUACAUAAAUGUAAUAAUUCUGUGGGCAACAGUGAGAAUAGUGAUUUUUAAGUUUAAUCAUGUGUAUUUUAGUACUUCUUGUUUUCUUGAUGUGAAACUUUUUUUUAUUUUUUUACACACACUUUGUGUAACUUUUUCUAAAUGACUGUUAACAAUGUUGCAACUCGACAAUAAAGUGCUUCAAAUUUCCCUUUCUAA